AGACAGAGAGAUUGGAUAGGAGGGUCCAAAGUAAGACAACUGCCUGUUGUCCAAAGCACAUUUUAAUUCAGCAGAGGAGAUCAAAGGAUAUGAUGUCACUUUAUAGAGAACAGAGAAACAGGUCAGGCGAGCCCAGGUAACUCAGGAAGGCUGGUUGCUAAUUAUUUCCAGAAGAAAGUAAGGUGUACGAUUACAUUGCUACAGUAGGAAGUCAGGAGGUCAAACUUUCCUAGUCACCGAUUCAGCAGGGUGCAGUCUGGUUCCUCCAUAGAGAUCCUGCUGUUUUCCCCCCACAUCCCACUAUCCUUUGAAAAUGGGAGAGCAUGAGACGAGCUUCCCAAAUCCUCCCUUGCAAGGUAAAAAGAUGGUGUACCACAAAGUCAGUGAAGACCAGAGGACACAAUAUCUAGAUAAUGAUGACCUCCAAGCCACUUCCCUGGAGCUAGAAUGGGAUAUGGAGAAAGAACUGGAGGAGUCUGGCUUCGACCAUUUUCAGCUGGAUGGGACAGUCCAUCAACAAGUGGGAAGUACUGAGAACACUGGCCUUGACCUGGAGCCCAUUCACACAUCGGUAUCUCCCAAAGGGAGGUUCCAAAGACUUCAGGAGGAUCCAGACUAUGUCUCCCAUUAUACAAGACCUACACCAAAGAGCAAUCGCUGCAGCUUCUGCCGGAUAUUUAAGCUAUUUUGCACUGCUAUGAGUUUACUUAUUUUGGGGGUUUUGAUAGGCUACUAUGGACAUGUACAAUGCCCUCCUUCCCCACCACCUCCAGAACCAAGUGAUCCUCACCUCAGCCAGGAGAUUCUUGAAGAAAUCAAAGCAAAGGAUCUUGUACAGAUUUUCAGAGAUCUGAUACAGUUGAAUGGGAAAGAAGAUAGAGAUAUUGCAAUGAAGCUGCUGGCUCAGUGGACAUCCUAUGGCCUUGAAGAUGUCCAGCUAGUAAAUUACUCUGUCCUGCUUGACCUGCCAGGCUCUUCUCCAAAUACAGUGACUCUGAAUAACACUGGGGAAUGCUUUUAUCCUAGUGGACAGCUGUGUAAAGAAGAGAUCCAAAAGCUUCACAGUCAAGACCUUCUCUACUCCUAUGCUGCUUACUCUGCCAAAGGAACUCUCACGGGUGAAGUUGUUGAUGUGCAGUAUGGGACUGCAGAAGAUUUGCUCAGGAUCCAAAACAUUGCAAAUAUCUCCAGAAAAAUUGCAGUUCUGAAGCUAGGACGUUUGCCUUUGUUGUAUAAGCUUUCUCUGCUAGAAGAGGUGGGUUUUGGAGGUGCCCUUCUUUAUGUCGACCCUUGUGAUUUGCCAAAGACUGAGAACUUGAGCGAGAAAGCAUUUAUGGUAUCCUUGAACAGUGGAGGUGAUCCUUCCACACCAGGGUAUCCAAGUAUUGAUGGAAGCUACAAACAGAACCGAUCAAACCUCACCUCUCUAUUAGUCCAGCCUAUUUGUGAGAAGCUGGUCAGAAAACUGCUCUCUUCCCCAGAGAAAGCCGGAGAAAAUGAAGCUUGCAUGCCACUGGAAUUGUCUGCUACAGCAGAAAGAAAAAGUGUGAUUCUGAAAGUUCAAAGUCAGCCAACAUACAAAACAGUGACCAAUGUUAUCGGAUACUUAAAAGGAGGUACACUUCCUGAUAGAUACGUUAUAGUUGGCAGCCACCACAGCACUUUAAAUGGUUUUAAUAGCCAGCAAUGGGCUCACGGCACUGCAGUGAUGACUGCGUUUAUCCAAGCCUUGAUGUGGAAGGUAAAGAAAGGCUGGAGGCCUGAUCGGACCAUCAUUUUCUGCUCAUGGGGAGAAACUGUAUUCGGCAAGAUUGGCUCCUAUGAAUGGGCAGAGGAUCUCAAGAAAGUUCUCCAGAGGAACGCUGUGGCAUAUGUGAGUCUCCAUGAUCCAGUCAGGGGCAAAGCAAUUUUACACUCUAUAGCAUCUCCUUCUCUUCAGCAACUGGCAACUGAGGUUAGAAAGAGACACAACUUCACCUGUCUCGGGCAAGACAAAUGCAUGGAAUCCAAUGUCAGUUCUGUACAAAUGCAAGGUGAUUCUGAUUAUUUCAUCAACCAUCUUGGGGUCCCAGCUCUGCAAUUUUCAUAUCAGGAUUCAACAGCAUUAGAGACAGCAAGCUUUCUCUCUGAAGCCCUUUUCCCUCUACAUUCAACAACAUCUGACGAGCUGGAGUCUUCCUUCCGCCUGCAUGAAUCCAUCGCAAAGCUGACAGGGGCAGUAAUUUUGCAAAUUGCCAACAACCCAGUUUUGCCUUUUAAUGCCCUGGAUAUUGCAUUAGAAGUUCAGAAGAGCUUUAAAGAUGACCAUCUAAAUAUUGACCACUUGCUGACAAUGGCGUAUGCCCUGAGGGAGAGUGCCCAGUUGUUUCAGUCUGAUGAAAUGCGUCCAGCUAAUGACCCAAAGGAAAGAGCUCCCACCCGCGUAAGAAUGUUGAACGAUGUAUUGCAGAGCCUUGAGAAAAACUUCUUAGUUCCACAAGUUCCUCCAGGGUUUUACAGAAACAUCCUUUACAGACUGGAUGAAAGGACACACCAAUUUUCAGUACUGCUAGAGGCGGUGGAACACUGCAAGCUGCAUCAGUCAAACGAGACUCUUCAAGCAGCCUUGUCAAAAGUGCUCAACAGCUUCAGUUCAGCUCAGGUUUCUUUUAAUGCGGGACUCGAUGUCUUUGAAGUUGCUGUAGUGGGAAGCAAAUGAGGAAUUGGUCAGUUUCACAUGUGUAUGUGCACAUGUAUGUACACACACACAAACACACAACUGAGAACUUUGUUUACAUUUUGAAAAGGAAAACUUUGAGUUGGACCAAAAAUUCUGUAUGGUUUAAACCUUUCUUCUGUUUCAUUUUUUACUCUUUCCGAAAGAGUUCCUGUUUCAUGAAAUCAUAUUGUACGUUUAGUUGGACCUAAAGCAGCCUUUUGCACUGUUGACAAUCUAUUUAUGAAUGAUAAAUGAUGGAGGAAGACUAGCUAUUUGAAAUCUGCUGAUACACACAAUCAGCCUUGUAAAGUAGCCCACAAAAGUAAGUAGCAUACAAAGCAAAUUACUGGCCUUCGGGGUUUGUCAGAAGAGUACAAAGAGCUCCAUCCUUCCUGCAGCAGCCCACUCAUUUAUUUCCCAGGAACUCUGUGUAUUCACUAGACAAGUGCUUAAAUACAAGGCUGAAUCUGUGUGUGUGUUUAUAAAUGCCUGCAAAUUUUAUCCGCUUUUGUGAAAAGGGGAGGAUUUUUAGAUUCUCCACUAUAACAAACUGGAGCAAAACAAAGUCCCAGAGUGCAGGACACAGAAUAAUGGGCUCAAGUUGCCGGAAGCCAGAUUUCAACUGGACAUCAGAAAAAACUUCCUAACUGUUAGAACCAUAUGACAAUGGAACCAAUUACCUAGAGAGGUAGUGGGCUGUCCUAUACUGGAAGCAUUCAAGAGGCAGCUGGACAGCCAUCUGUCGGGAAUGCUUUGAUUUGGAUUCCUGCAUUGAACAGGGGGUUGGACCUGAUGGCCUUAAAGGCCCCUUCCUACUCUACUAUUCUAUGAUUCCAUGAAAGUUUCGGAUUUAACAGAUCAGAUUUGGACCCAAAUAACAAAUUGAAUUGGAGUGACACAAAGUAGAUCUAACACAGAUCAGGCUGCUUCCACAUGCUAAAGAUACAAGGCAAAUUUUAUGGUUGCUGCAACACACCUCUAAUAUAUAUCAUGAAUAUAUAAGCACAUACAUGUAGUCAGCCUUGUAUUUAAGUAGUUGCCUACUGAGUGCAUGAAGUUCCAUGAAUGUGAAGGGGUGGGCUCCUGCAGGAGAGAGGGAGCUGACAUCCAAAGCACUUCUUUAGUGGGCUGGAUUUACAUUCACCCAGUCAAAGUUAUACUUUUUUCAUUAGUUUCAAAGGUGGUUGUCAUGUAGUAUUGAUGUUCAAUACAAAGAGUAAACGACAGAACAAGUCAAUGCAGAACUACUGGAUCCUGGCCAUGAAACCCUGCAAAGUGCUGAGGACAAACUGGACACAAACAAAAUGCUGUUUCCAGGUGCCACGAUGCUCACUGAAGUAGUCUCUAUGGAUAUUGUAAAUCCUCAGCCAUAAAUUCUGUCAGGUUUCACUGGCAACCCUCUUAUUUUGCGAUCGCACUUGACCCUUAACUAACAGCAAGCCAGGACUGGUUGUUGAACUGCACCAGCAACACAGAAUAAACCCUCCAUUGUAUUCUCAGAUAAUUCUCACACUGCUUACAUUUUAUAGAUAUAUAGCAUUACAAAUUAAACUUUCCUCACCUUGAAGGUGUCUAGUGAGUCAACUGUGUCUCCUGUGGAUGACCGGAUUAGUCAGAGUCAUAAAACAGUGUAGCUUGUUUGAAUUGUUAUGUCUUAAGAAAGAGAUGUCCCGAUAUUAUAGCUGCCACUGUCUUAUCCUGCUUAUGCACAGUAGCCAUGCUACACAUAUAUGGUCCCAUCAGACAUAAACCUGGCCAUUUUGGAUGUGAGUACAGUUCUGUUUCAUAAUCUCUGGCCCCAGCCAAGAUGGCAACAUGUGUAGGAUACAUGAGGCACAUCCUGGUGCUUGCUUGAACGCACAAGUGCAAAAUUAUGUAGGAACAGGGUUGUGUAUGCAAGCCCUAUACCAACCUGCACUUCCUCCUCCAACUCAGUGCUGACACUUCCUGUGUUAGCUCAAGGAAUGUUUGAUGUGAUUGGAGACCUUGAUAAAGCAGGAUGCCCAAAUGGAUGGAGAGUUCUACUUGUGUUCAAGUGAAGUCCUAUGCAGACCUUUCCUAUGCAACUAUAGAAAGGUUGGGGACUCAGUAGGGGCAUUCUGUGUGAGGAUGGGGAUUGUGUGCAUGCCUGCUCACCCUGCUCCCACAGUUCAGUGCCCAUGUGCUUGGUCAAUCACAUACAGUAUAUCUGGGGAUGCAAGGUACAGCUGUUGAAUACAGCAGAAAUUAGUCCUGUUUCACCCCAUCUUGUUUGCUGAUCUCCCAAGAAACAUGUUAGGUGAGAUGUUCCCAGUGGAAUAAAAACUGGCAUCAUGCACAGCCAGGAUUCUCAUGUUAGACUGCCAGGGGAGAUGCAACUGAAAAUGGCAUCUCCAUGAUGAGCACAAUGGGUAUCCUGACUUUCAAUUUCCAAACUAGGAGAUAUUUGGACACAUUUCUACUUUACAUUUUUACCUCUACAUAUUCCAAAAUCAGUGGCUUUGGUUAUCAUUGUGUCACUGGUGUGGCUAUCCUACACUAAAGGUUUGUCUUUCAGCAGCUUGAAAGUGGGCUACAAUAUUUGGAGGCAUUCUAAACACAUGCUCACUUGGAACGUUAGUGUGCCUGCUUUUUGGAAUUGCUUUCCAAGCAAGAUAUGGAAUGAGGAGGUUGAUGGGAUUGUAUAUAUGUAUGCAAACACUAUUCUCUAUGCAUGCACAAAGUUGAUCCAGGUUUUGGACACCUCAUGGAAACUUGAUUAGGUUGGUGCAUACAUUUGUAACAUUUCAGUCUGAAACUUUGAAAUCAACUGAAAUCAAAAGCCUGACAUAGACCUGGCUUAUCUUGCAGUAGAUCUUUUGAGUCCCAUCAUGUCUCACUACAAGGCUACUGGACUUUCGGUGGAUCAGAGCAGUAAGAAUUUAAGAAGGGUUGGCUGUUUUUCAGAGCUUUUUGAUCAUCCUCUUUUUACCAAAAGGUUAAUGAUUUGCUGGAGAGUCCUAGUGAGAGAAGAUGUGAGGUCUUAUCUAAUGCGAGAACUUUAGUACAGUCUUAUUGCAUCCAUAUUAGCUUUGUUGAUUUCCCCUCUUUCAAAUGCUGGCCAUGACACCUACAUUUAUUAUCUGCAUCUUUUAUAAGCCAAUGGUUAUUCUACAUUGGAUGGGAACUUAGUAAUCAUGAAGUGCUUUAAUUUUAAGCCAUAAUUUCUAGAUAAUUCCACCAAAAUUCACAUUAGGGCUAUACCUUUAUUAGGUCACCUAAAAUGCCAUAAAACAGAAUUCUCUAGAACUCUUCAUCAGGCUAGAUGGUAAAUAUGGGGGUGCGGAAAGAGAGAGAUAUUACACUACAUAUUAUAUUCACCCUAUGGUGACUCUGAAUGUUCAAAAUCUAGAAGGCUCCCUCUCCCUUUUCCAGGAAAUCUUGAGGGAUAAGGCACAGGGACAGAUUAGAUGAGUGAGAAACUAGAAAUAUGAAAGGGAACGCUAGGCAGCAGCAUCCCCUUUCCUUUUGAAGGCAAACACCUCCAGUUUUCCUCGACUUUUAGAAUUUUGUGCAGUCAGAGCCUGCUUGUUUCUCACAUGGUGGUGUUAAUGGCUACAUUGGGAUUUCAUGGAAAUGACCUAGAGUUUUUGUGUUCUUUCCUCUGGUGCAGCUGUGAGAAGAUCUGAAGCUUUCACUUCCAAUUUUAAUUAGCCACAGUUUAGUGUUCUCUCCAAAAUUGUGGUUCAUCUUAACCGUGAUUUGUUGAAACAAGCCAACUUAUUUAUUUAUAUACUGUUUGACUGUAAAAAAAAAACACCAAACCUCUAAGUAGUUUAUCAAAGAAAAGAAAAUACCAAAACAAAUAACAUCUACUAAUUAAAAACAGUUUUAAAUAAUUAAAACAACAACAAACUACAAAAAUUAAAAACAUCAACAUCUAAAGCUCAGUUUCAAACAAGCCGUAAGCAUUAAUCACAGCUUGUUGGGUUCAGAUGACACAGCUGCAGUUAAUCAAGAACACGAAUGAAAACUCCUCUUCAGGGCCAUACCAGACAAAGAGAGCAGGGAAUGUGAAAGCCAUGGUGUCUGAAUGCAUCCAGAAUGUUCCCAGGUUCCAAGGUGAUAUGAACAGCUGCGUGUAUGAUGGCUGCUGGUUUUGUAUGUGUGACCUCUGUUCACCCCUCAGAGUGGGAGGCAGCCAGAAUGGAAGGAGGCCCUGAAAGAAAAUAUCACAGGCACCCAUAGACCAAUGAUACUCAUCUCUUUUUUUAAAAAAAAGAGAGGCAUGGAUGGGUUAUGUGAGUUCUCACAGAUCAUUUUUAAGCCUUUGCAAAAGGUCAUCAUGAGCUACAGUCUAACAUUGAUUGCUACCUUCAAGUAAGCUCAAUAUGAGUUCAUAAGCUCAAUAUGAAGCCUUGUUUAGAUUGAUAACAGGACAAGGCCCCAAAUAAGUGGUGACCUUCUAUAUUUAAUACAGAAGAGUGGCUGAUAACUGGAUUAGCUGCUGGGUCAAAUGUAAAGGCUAUUAUUGAGGUUUGGAAUUGGUGCCUCCUGCUCUUCCAAUCUGUGAAGCUCACCCCCGCCCCAAGAUAUUCAUUAUAGAAGGUCAUCUCUCUCCCUCUCAGGCUUCUAUUAUGAUCUAGGUGAGGGCACGGUGACCAGCUUCCUUUUUCCUGCUCUUAUACUGGCCUGCUAUGUUCAAUCUAUUCAUGUAAUGCCAGUGGCUGCAGGGGAACUGGGGGCAUCAGUUAGUAUCAGCAAGCUAGCUAGCAUAUAUACUCAGCUCCCUGUCUCCAACCAUUUACCACAAUCCUAACCUGUUUUUUCAUAAAGAAGUCCUAUUAAUUUCAAUGGUGCUUUCAUCUAAGUAUGCUAAAGCCUACACCCAUUCAUGUGGCAUAUCCUCUUGGGCCUUUGAAUAGCAUCAAUAAAGCAAGGCACUAGUAAAUCAUAACAGGCAAUGCCAUUUGAAUUAAAUUUUGUAUUGACCAGCAAUCAAUUAUUAUUUUUUCUUAAAUGAAAUAAUUCAGCAGGCAUCCCACUUCCCAAGGCAUUCUUUUGCUACUCUGUCAUAAGUCAGAUGCCAGUAUCCAUUAUAUAACAAAUGGAGUGUUGAAUAAUCCCACAGCCAGAAAACUUUAUGGCUUAUAUAUUUGUGUGUUUAAGGUGGAUAAAAAUGAAACAAUAAUGAAUAAGCUAACAUGAUUUUAUUCACGCAUAUUUUAGUAGGCUCAUAAAAAAGAUAAAAUACAAGCAAUCCAGGCAAGUAAUAACGAUAUGGGGGGAACUGGGAUUUAGGCACCAAGGUCAUGAUGGGCUGUAAAUUGUUUUUAACCUCUUAGGGGAUAAAACCGUAAAAUCUAUAGUAUGUGCAUGUUAAGCAGAUGCAUAUACAAUCAGAAAGCACACAAAAUUGCAUAGUGCCUUAAGCUUUCUUCAGGCAUUCAACAGUCACGUUAAGGAAACUCAUGAGGGGGAGGUAGCAGGGGUGAGCAUGCUAGCUCCACCCCAACAGUCGUUCUCCAUUAACCUCCUGGCAGUGGAGACUGGUGGCUCCGAUGUCAGUGAAAGAAUGAAUCCACUCCAGAUUUUAGUCCAAACUUUCAAGGAGCUGAAAGCACCUUGGACAGCUCCUGGAAAGAUUUGCACUAAAGCCCAGAGAGGAUUCACAGCCCCACUGAUAUUGGAGCCACCAAUCUCCAUUGCUUCCUGGAGCACAAUCUGCUGAAGUGGGGAGACUCCUGGAGGGUCUCUGUGCAUUUAGAACCUUGGAAAAUCAAGGUAGCAACAAAGGGGUGCAUCAAAGAUGUGUGAGAGGAGCUCCACUUCCUGAACAGGGAUUUACCAGACUUUUUCCCCUCCGCAGCUCUCUGUGGCUGUCAAAAGCAGCUCCUAAAAGUUAGUUGUGUAUGUGUGUGCUGAUUCUGAAACAGUGUUUAACAUGGUCUGGGUGGGGGGAGGAUUACAGUGGGAAGAUUUGGAAGCAGAGAUUGAAGGGGCACCUUGCACAUGAAAUUGUCUUCUGCUCAAUGUAAAUCUUGUUCUUAAAGAGAAAAAAAAUGCAGGAAGCUUGCAUAUUCAGGUAGAGUGGAUGUAUUUUUAGCAGAUACAGUAUAUAGGAUGUUUGAAAAUAGUCUGGCUUCUGUGUUGUUCUUGUGUAGAAGACCAGCCCCUUUGUGGUCUUCACUGGAGUGGAGGAGCAAAUAAUGGGACUCCCUGUUGAACUCAAAGGGAGUAUUGUAGAACUUAGCCAUUAAGCACACUUGAAGGAUGCAAUGUUCACCCUUCUGUACUGUUUAGAGGCCCUCUCUCCAAAUCCCACUUUGCUCUUCCUCCUUUUCAAGACUGUGUGCUGCCUAUUUUCUGAUUCCUUCAAUGCACUAUAGUAUUUGAUAGGCAGAAGUGAAAGGACAACAGUAUUGUAUGGAGGCAGUCUCUCUCUGGAAAGAGAUUCUUUACUGACUCAGUCUAAAAUGCAUUUGAUAUAAUGCAUCAGGGCAAAUGUCUUUACUAUGUCUUUAUUAUAGAGUUGCUCUAGGUAUGCAAGGCACUAAAUGGAGGGAGCAGAAUGGGGUUUGCGUAAUAGCAUUCCAAAAGCACAAUAAAUCUGUCUGCCUGUUUGCAAUGUACUGUGGGAAGAACCAUUAGGUGUAGAGAAGUUCAUUCUGAGUCUUAUCAUUUUCUUUUUUAAAAAAACUGCAGCUCUGAAAUGCAGCUCUACAUUGCACCAUGGAAUAUUUAGGCAUAUAGACCCUGCUAGAAUUAGGACUACUUUUAAUACAGCAUUUUGCAGCAUCAGCAUGGAGAUACAUAGUAGACAGAGCACCUCUGCUUCCAUGGGUAUGUAAGUUCUUGAUUUAGUUGUUCCAUUUAGUCUCUCAUCCAUGCUCCAGGACAGAAGUCACUUAAGAUUCAGUGCAGUGAUUGAGGAACAAAUGAGAAAUUUCAUCAGGCUGCGGUGGGGAUUACGUGCGGGUAGGUUCCAUUGAAUGCAAUGCGGUUUACUUUUGAGUCAAAAAGUAUAUAUAUACACUUUUUAAAAGCAUGAUUAGAACUAGCUGCUGCUGCUGCUCAGAAGAAGCAUCUGUGCAGGACAAGAUACAAAUCAGGACCAUGUGGUGUGGGGAGGAAAGGGGAUUAACAUCUAGCUCUGAUUAUUAUGAGGUACAAGUGGGAUCUGCAACAUAAUGUUGCAGUGUGGAGUGCUCCUCUUCAGUAUUCCAGCCACUCAUUCAGCCAUACCUGCUUUCAUACUACCCCAUUCCAUUCACUUUCCCUGAAUCUCUAUUUCUGCCCUCACCCCCCAAAAGUCAACCAACAUUCCAUGGUCACUUGACCAUAUGUUCUAUUUGUACUGGCAGUGUAGUAGUGCCACAAGAAGAGGACUUGUGUGACUGCUAAUCAGGCACCUAGUAUGCUAUGGUGGUUUGCUUUCUGUGUGCUACUAUAAGAUGCCAAGAAGUCCCACCAUAGCACAUAGUUUAACUAUGGGAUUUGCUCCAACAACAGUCAGUGAUGGCCACCAACUUGGAUGGCUUUAAAAAGAGUAGACAAAUUAAUGGAAGAGAAGGUUGUCAGUGGUUACUAACCCUGAUGGCUAUGUUCUACCUCCACAAUCAGAGGCAGUAUGCUUCUGAAUACCAGUUGCUGGAAACCACAGGAGGGGAGUGUGCUGUUGUGCUCAGGUGCUGCUUUUGAGCUUCCCACAAGCAUCUGGUUAACCACUGUGAGAACAGGAUGCUGGACUAGAUGGGCCACUGGCCUGAUCCAACAACCUCUUCUUUUGUUCACUUACAGGGGCAUUCAGAAAUCCAGUCAAUGCAGUGCUUUGUCAUUGAUAGUCACAUGUCCACUUCAUUUCAUGCUAACAAUCGAUGUGGGUUAACCAGGUUGGAGGUAACCAUUCAAUGAAGCUGAAAGAUUCAGGCCAGACAAAACAAAGUUCUUUCCACAGCACAUAGUUGUGGGAGAUUACUCCCACAAGAGGCAGUGAUAGCCACCAACUUGGAUUAAACAAAUUCAUAGAGGAUAAGACUAUUAGUGACUACUAGCCACGAUGGUGUGUUCUACCUCCACUGUCAGAGACAGUUUAUUUCUGAAUACCAGUUGCUGGUAAUCAAAAGUGGGGAGAUUGCUGUUGCAUUCAGGUCCUGCUUCCCAUAGACAUCUGGUUGACCACUGUGACUAGUGGUUGACUACUAGUGCUGGACUAGAUGGACCUUUGACCUGAUCCAACAGGGUUCUUCCUAUGUUCUUUUGAUUCAGUCCUCAUCGGCAUGCAAUUUAAGCCCCAAAGGGACUUCAGUGGGUCUUACAAUCAGGUUUUGCUGCAUCCUGUCCCCAAAACAUAAUAUAGGAUAGAUGGCAAUAAAAAAAUAAAGAACCAGAAUCGUAUUCAGGUAGUAAUGUAGGAUUUUCCUUUUUUUCCUCCCCCCCCUUUCUAGCAAGAUAUGUCCCCUGUCUGUCCAACAAUGUUACAUAGUAACUGCCUUAAAUGAGUUCAAAUAUUCAUUGUGUUGCGUGCUUCAGAAGACCUCAACCUUCAUUUUACAUGGUUGGACUGGUUACAAAUCUCAGAUUACGUCAAAAUGCUGUCCAGUGAACCAAUAUAAGACUAUAUCAGUUCACAAGAGCUGGAUAACAUAUGUCUGCUGAGCUAUUUGAAUUAAAUCCACACAUUUCCAAGAGGAGUUAUUCCAGAACAGUGCUGAUAUAUCCUGCAACCCCUCCUGCACCGUCAAGUUAAUAAACAACCCCUGUUAGAAUUGAAAAGGUAGUUUGUGUCAUGGAAACCAUAGUCUUGAUAUAGUGAAUCUAGGAAACCAGUAAAUUUCUUAAUCAUGUGAAAAAUGUGCAAUGAAAGGUUGAUUUUUAUAACCUCCUAAAAUAUGGGUUUAGAGAUUGGGUAUCAGAGUUUUUUAAAAAAAACCUUUCUCAGAAUUUGUAUUUUUUAUAAAAUAGACGAUACUAUUGACUUAAUGUGAUUCUAUAUUCAAUAUUUGUAAAGAAAGUAUAUAUUUCCUCUCCUAUACUAUGGCUACCAGAUUUUAUAUUACAACAGUGUUAAUUCAGAAAGACACAGAACUACAGUAUUGUAAACAUUAAAUGACAGCAGUUUUGAUUGAAAAAUUAAUAUUUUUAUUUCCUCCGAAUUAUAUAUUUCCUUUCUAGAGAUUAAACUAGAUUAUGAAGAUCUGAAUCUAAUGUACAUUGCACUGAUGAAUGAUGUGGAAAUCUUUUUAAUUUGCUUUAUUUUAAUAUACUGUUUAACUUUAUCAAUAAAUUAGACUGUAAACA